AUGAAAAUUUUAAUCAUAAAUGGUUAUGGGAAGAGUUAUAAAGGUAUGAAAAAUUUUGAACAAUAUAAAUUGAUAAUAAAGGAAGCUUUGUUGAGUAAAAAAGAGAUGAUAGAUACUGAAAUCGAUUUCAUUAUAAGAGAUAGAGAUUCUAUAGAUGAUCUAUUAUACGAGAUAGAUAGUUCGUUUGUUAGAGUAGAAUGUGGCAAGAUGUUUGAUUCGAUAGAUAUAAUAUUCUUCGAAGGAGAUGCUAAUCUUAGACCAUGGUCUCCAAAUGCAUAUAAAGUAUUAUAUUCAAAUAAUAAUAGUAUUUAAUUUUACUUAGAAUGUGUCUUAGAAGUAAUAAGAUCCUUUUUGCAUCAUCAUUUGCUAUGUAAGGAUUAGUUUUUUUAAUAGCAUCAAAUGUUGAGUGUGUAUUAAUAAUUAUAUUUACUAGUAAAUAAGCGUUAUUAAUGGAUUAAAUGGUGGAUAAUUGGGGGACCUAUCUAAGAUCAAAAAGGAUUUAACAGACAUUAAAUAGACAGAUUUCUUUCUUGAUAAUGUGACAGGAGAUUUGUAUGGAUUUAAUUAUGAUACAGGUGAAUGGAUAAGUAAAGGAAAUGCUGGAAUUCAUUUUAGAAAAGCUGCUGAGGAAUUUAAAACUAUUGGUAAGUAUAUUAUGAAAGCACCUUAAUAUAAAGUAAAAGGAAUGAAAGAAUUGGAUGCUUUAUAUGUGUCUAAAGAAAAUGAAAUAGUUUGUUCUUUAAGAAAAAAUCAAAUGCAUCAUUUCUUAUUUAAUGAUUUACCAUUUGAAUUUGUAGUACCUUAUAAGAAUUCUUGGGAUGUACAUCCAUUUAAUUUUGUAAAUCCUAAGAAAACAUUUUAAACUUUAGCUGAUUGUACAAAAGGUAAAUUGAAUAAUAAUUAAAUAGGUCCUUUAAUAAUAUAGAUAUCUGACAAUAUUAUAGGGACAUAAUUUGCAAUAAAAAGGAAGUACAAAGAUACAACAGUAGUGUUGAAGAAUUUUAUGGGAUAUUAAUUAACUAAAUUAUGUUCAGGAUAGGCUCAUUCAAUUCCAAUAGAGAUAGCAUCAAUAAAAUAAAAUGAUAAUGCAAUGGAUAUAUUUUUAGAACAUAUGAGUAAGAAUAAAUAUUAAGCUCAUCAAAAAACAAUAAAAUUUAAUGUGAUAACAGAAUUUCAUCAUGCUGGUUAUGCAGCUAAGAAGUCUAAUAAAUUAGAUGUAGUAGUUAAUAAUGCAAUAGGAAAGAGAAGAUUCAAGUAACAAAUUUAAAAAUUACCAAGUAAAGAAUUAGAUAAGAUGUUAUCAGUAUAAAUUAUAAUUUUAUUUAGAAUGAUAAUUCAUAUAGAUAGACAGCUAGGACUUCUAAUAAUUAAUCUCGAAAAUUUGUUUCAUUUACUAAUUCCUAAAAUGGUCUUACUUCCCCAUUGAAAGGUUAAACCUUACAUUAAUUUGAUGAUGUAAAUGAGUCAAAGCCUUAAUUCCAUAAAACUUCAGGAGAGAUUAUGAAAUUACUUCAUCCUUCAAUAGAUGAUGCUUUAGUUGAAUAGAACAAUAAACAUAUUUGGGUUCCUGGAUUUUUAUCUUAAAAUCGAGGAUUUAAGAUUUCAAGUAAUAGUUCAAAAGAUUGUUGGAAUUAAAAAUUAAGUUUAAGAAAAGCUUAAUAAAAUACAAUGCAUAUAGAAACUUAAUGUGAUAAUGUAUACAAAACCCAAAAACAAAUUGAACAAGAAGAAGAAAGAGAGAAAAGCAAGAAAAUAAUAGGACCAAAGUAAUUUCGAUGUGGUACUCCAGCAUAAUCUAAUUUAAUAUGCACUUAUAUCAGUAGAAACUCAUCUGUACCCUAACAUCAAUUCAGGGCUAUUGAGAAAGAAAAGUGGAUUUCUCCUUAAGAUUUUAAAAUUUGA